CGUUAUGACCACGGGAUCACCCCUAAUUUGGGUAGCAUGAGUUGGCCACUCCUCUCGAAUCUCGCCUUUCUUGGGCUGCCUAGUAGCGACCUCACCGGUAUCAUUCCCCUUCAAAUAUGUGCGCUCCCAAAGCUCAGGCACCUCAAUUUGUCCCACAAUCACCUAACUGGCGAUUUACCUCUUUGUCUCCAAAACCUCGCCAUGUUAGAAGUCAUUGACAUUCAUACUAAUAUGCUCGAUAGUCCUAUCCCUCCCGAAUUGGGAAAUCUGAAGAGGUUGAUCUACCUAGACCUUAGUUUCAAUGCACUUCGUGGCACGAUCCCUUCGACUCUUGGUCACUUAGAUUAUGUCAACUUGUCGCACAAUCGUCUCACGGGAAAAAUUCCAAAUAAUUUGGCCCAUGUUCAUUAUGGAGCUUUCAACGAUAAUGAAGGUUUGGAAAAGGCUGAUGGUCCCAAAAGAAUGGCUAGGAUUAUACUUAUGAUGGUACUUAUACCACUGGUGGCUAUAUUAGUUCUUGGGCCUUUGAUAAUACUCCGACGAAGAACGAAGUGCAUGCGAUCAGAGAUAGCAACAAAAAAUGGCGAUUUCUUGUCAAUAUGGAAUUACGAUGGGACAAUGGCAUAUGAAGACAUAAUCAAUGCAACAGAAGACUUUGAUAUUAAAUAUUGCAUUGGAACUGGAGGAUACGGUAGUGUCUAUAGAGCGCGGUUGCCCAAUGGGAAGAUCGUGGCAUUGAAGAAACUUCACCGUCAUGAAGCAGAGGACCCAUCUUUUGACAAGAGCUUCCGAAAUGAAGUGAAACACUUGACAGAAGUACGACACAGAAGCAUAAUUAAGCUCCAUGGUUUUUGCUUACACAAGCGAUGCAUGUUCUUGGUUUAUGAGUAUAUGGAAAGGGGGAGUCUAUUUUGCGCUUUGAGAAAUGACGUCGAAGCAGUGGAAUUAGACUGGUCUAAAAGACUCAAUAUUGUUUGGGAUAUUGCACAUGCCUUGUCUUACCUGCACCACGAUUGCACGCAGCCAAUUGUUCAUCGUGACAUAUCUAGCAACAACAUUUUGCUCAACAACAACAUGAAGGCUUUCUUAUCGGAUUUCGGCACGGCAAAACUCCUAGAACCUAAUUUCUCAUCUAAUCUCACCGCAGAUAUCGCAGGCACUCGUGGAUAUAUAGCACCAGAGCUCGCGUAUACUUUGGUUGUUAAUGAGAAAUGCGACGUAUAUAGCUUUGGAGUGGUGGCAAUGGAAACAAUAAUGGGUGAGCAUCCAGGAGAUAUUACAUCUACUAUGUUGACAUCUCUUAGAGAAGAUAUGAUGCUAUAUAAAAUCUUAGACCCACGGUCGCCUUUUCCGAGAGAGAGCUCUGUCGCAAGAAGUAUUGUUUUGAUAGUUUCUCUGGCGCUUGCUGGCGCUUGCUUGCUUGAGUGCUAAUCCAAAGUCCCGACCAACUAUGAAGCAAGUCUCGGAAGCAUUUCUAGCUCGAAAGUUACCAUUGGCGAAGCCCUUCCAUGAGAUCUCAUUGGCUCAGCUCCGAGAUAAUAACAGAUCAUGGUUGGAAGGUGGAUCGACA